AUGGGACGUAGCCGCAGUCCAGCUCGCCACCGCAGUCGGAGCCGUAGCCGCAGCCGUGGUCGCAACAACCGCCACCGCGAUGUGCGCGACCGCCAUCGUGACAAUGAGAAGGAUCGCACGCCAGAGCGCCGGCGCCGACGGAGCUCUGUCGAGGAGACCAAGGAGUCGCCAACGAAGGCGCCAGAGGACUCAAAGCCGAAGGUCACAGAGAGCAACGGCGAAAUCAGUAUGAGUGUUGAAGAGACAAACAAGCUUCGUAUCUCAAUGGGGCUCAAGCCUCUUCGCCUCACGAAGCCCGAGUCGAAGGAGGUCAACCUGGCCAAGUCGCGCGAGGACCUCGCAGCCGAGGCGCACCAAAAGCAGCUCAAGGAGACUCUGGAGAAGUCCAAGCGAAAGCGCGAGUAUACCGCCAAGAUGCAAGGCAAGUCCCUCGGUGAGACGCUCGCCGAAGAUGCGACGUCAACCCUCGAUUGGGUCCGUCGCAGUCGGACAACGGCGCCUGCGCCUCUUCCAGGCGCGAAAGCACCCGCGGCUGCCUCUUCUACCUAUAGCGCAAUGGACCUUCAAGGUCUCACGGUCGCUCACGAUGCGCAGUCGUUCGAAGAGGGCGAAGACGUCAUCUUGACGUUGAAGGACAACCGUAUCCUUACCGAUGACAUGGGCAACGUGAACGACGCCGACGACGAGCUCGAAAACGUGACGCUAACCGAGGCCGACAAGCGCAAGGAGCGCGAAGAAAUGGCGAAGCGCGCGGCCGGACCCGUCUACUCGGGCUUUGACGAUGACGAGUUUUCGACCGUGCUCGGCGACCGACCCAAGAAGCGGCUGCUUACGCAAUACGAUGAAGAAGACGAUAUGAAAGAAGCACGGGCGCGCAAAAAGUUUGCGCUCAGCGCCCUCGGUGGUCAUGUCGUCGAGACGCCGUCCUUGCCGGCGUCGGCC